AUGUCAGAGUAUCUGAAAACAAAGAUAGUUCAAAUUAUUGAAUUAGCUACCGAGAGUUUAUAUACACCUUACAAUGGAGUGAAUACUGGAAUUUUAGCAAUUUUGGAUCCAAUGCCCCAAACUGUACGAUUCUCAUCUCUACAUUUUUCAGGAUUUAAGGUAAUAAUAAAUGAUCCCACAGAGUACCCCGGAUCGCAAUCAACAACUAAAAUGGUUUCUCUUGGAAAUAUAGCAUUUCUUCAUCUAUUUGGAUCAAAAAUGACUUGUAGUGAUGCAGUACAGUUAUUACCUAUUAGUCAUAGAGAUUGUGUAUUUUCUGAAGAACAUCAGUUGGAUUCAUUUAAAGAAUAUAGUGAUUCAAGUUGUCUGACUGAAUGUGAAGCCAAAUAUUUUUAUAAAAUUUGCAAAUGCGUUCCAUAUUACUACAAUUUUUUAAAGAAACUUGAGUGCACUGCCAGCCAGUUAGCUUGUUUACUAACCGUUCGUAAAAGCGUGUACGUGUGGGCAUACGCACAAGCAGAUGAGUCUCUCGUUGUAAAACGGUACGGGUGGGAUGUUGGAGGGUAUGACGAGGUAAACUUGGUUCGUAUCAGGCUAGCACAGUUACCAUAUCUCCUCACCACAAGUCCUAGGUGUCCAAAUGUUCCUUGCACAUACGCAUGA